CCCGGACGGUGAUGAGCGACGCACUUGGCUGAUGCAAAGGGGAGUCGCGGCUUCUUCCAGAGGCGCUGAGAGAAGCGGCUGUCUCCUGAGGCAGCUGGAACUCACCAGAACUAAGUUCUGGCACCUCUCAGGUGGGCGCCAUUGCUGUUAUAAGAGAACAAGGGAGGCGUUUGUGACUCCUCCAGGCUGUUUUGAAGUUUCUGGAUAAAAAGAAGCUGCAAGUUGCACUUUAAACUAUAAACAGAAAAGAUCCUUCACACUCCUGAAAAUGGCAGACCUUCAGAAUUGUGACUUUUGCUCUCUUAAUCCUCUUGAACUGUUUGAACAAGUGACUGCACAAGGAGAAAAAGUCAGAUCGCUAAAAGCUGAGAAAGCACCAAAGGAUGAAAUUGAUACAGCAGUUAAGUUGUUACUGUCAUUAAAACUGAGCUAUAAAACAGCGACAGGUGAGGAAUAUAAAGCAGGUUCCCCUCCCACAGACUUCACUCCGGUCAGUAAUGGUCCAGGAGACACAGAAGAUAAUGAUUUUGUAGACCCUUGGACAGUACAGACAUCCAAUGCAAAAGGAGUGGAUUAUGAUAAACUUAUAGUUCGAUUUGGCAGCAGCAAAAUUGAUAAAGACCUCAUCAACCGGAUAGAAAGAGUUACUGGGCAUAAACCACACCACUUCCUACGCAGAGGAAUCUUCUUUUCUCAUAGAGAUAUGAACCAAAUUCUUGAUGCCUAUGAAAAUAAGAAGCCAUUCUACCUAUACACCGGCAGAGGUCCCUCAGCCGAGGCAAUGCAUGUUGGUCACCUUAUCCCAUUUACUUUCACAAAGUGGUUACAGGAAGUAUUUAAUGUUCCCCUAGUCAUACAGAUAACUGAUGAUGAGAAGUACCUGUGGAAGGAUAUGACACUUGAGAAGGCUUAUCAGUGUGCUAUAGAAAACAUCAAGGACAUUAUAGCCUGCGGAUUUGACAUAAAUAAAACCUUCAUCUUUUCUGAUCUGGAAUAUUUGGGGAUGAGCCCAGGAUUCUAUAGGAACAUUGUUAAAAUCCAAAAGCAUGUGACAUUCAACCAAGUGAAAGGAAUCUUCGGUUUUACAGACAGUGACUGUAUAGGGAAAAUCAGUUUUCCUGCUAUUCAAGCAGCUCCAUCCUUCAGCUCAUCAUUUCCACAGAUCUUCAACAACAAGAGCAACAUUCCGUGUCUGAUCCCAUGCGCAAUUGACCAGGAUCCCUACUUCAGAAUGACGAGAGACGUGGCCCCUCGGCUCGGCUUUUCCAAGCCAGCGUUGCUGCAUUCUGUCUUCUUUCCAGCCUUGCAAGGUGCACAAACAAAAAUGAGCUCUAGUGACCCCAACUCCUCUAUUUUUCUCACUGACACACCCAAGCAAAUAAAAACAAAGAUCAAUAAACAUGCCUUCUCUGGUGGCAAAGACACAGUGGAAGAGCACCGGAAAUAUGGGGGUAACUGUGAUGUGGAUGUGUCCUACAUGUACCUCACCUUCUUCCUCGAAGAUGACGACAAAUUAGAACAAAUCAAGCAGGCCUAUACAAGUGGAGCACUGCUGACAGGAGAACUCAAGAAGGCGUUGAUUGAAACACUGCAGCCCUUGAUCGCUGCUCACCAGCAAAGGCGAAAGCAGAUCACCGAUGAAAUAGUGAAGGAAUUUAUGACUCCGCGGAAGCUGGCGUUUGAUUACUAAUUACAGAAGUGCAUGUUGAUUUAUCAGUACACAUAGAGCACACUUGAUUGGUGUUGCCCUAGCCUCUCGUCUGCCGCCUCUCCCUAACAACGUACCUCUCUGCUUCUAGCAAGUUACUUUCAAAGUUGCCCUCCGUUGUCACCAGUGACUUUGGGAAUAUGUAGUUUGUGUUUGGAAAAAACAGACCUUGGCCUAGGACUUCAUUUGACUAAUUACGGGUUUGCAAGAUAACCCGAUCACCUGGAAAAGAGUUGCUUUGUCAACAAGAGGACCCUAUUUCACGGAACGCAAUAUUAAGAAAAAUGCUGAUUACAAAGGUGGUGCAAUGCCAGAUUCUGCUACCGUGGGAGCUGUGUUAGGCAUGUUUUUACAUCUAGGAGCUGUGCCUGUUUCAAAGAUAAACCAAACUCUUCCAUCCAGAA